GCCGUUAGAGACAGAUCUCCGCUGAUUUCUCUCUGGACACUUCUCUGGCACAAAGACGACGCUGAAAAUGUCUCCAAACAUGACUUGCAAAGCUCUCCAUUCUUUUUCUCCAAGGCUAACUGUGGCCAAAAGAAAACAGGCUCUUGAGCUCAGAAAGACUAUGAAACCUCUGAUGGAAAAAAGAAGGCGCGCCCGCAUCAACGACAGCCUAAACCACCUGAAAAACCUCAUCCUUCCUCUUACUGGCAGAGAUAAGACUCGUUACUCCAAGCUUGAGAAAGCCGACAUCCUGGAAAUGACAGUGAGGUUUCUCAGCGACAUUCCACCCCUUCACACUAAAGAUUCCGCAGACAGUUACAGAGAAGGCUUCAAAGCCUGCCUCCAGCGCGUCUCCGCUCUGCUUCCCAAAACGAGCCUGGACCAAGACGCGUGCCAGCGCGUCAACGACUUCGUUCAGCAAUCCAUGCCCGCCACCGUCACCCCAACCUGCCGCAACUGCUGCGCCAAGAGUUUCAAGACUUUCCCUCAGAUCCAGCAGAGACUCCUGAGCCUCAAAUCCGGCUUCAGCUCCAGACCUGAGAGCCAGUCCCGCGGCAGCAGCGGCGCAGGGGCUCCCAGCCCAGCGCAGCCAGGCCCGCAGCCUGUCAGCGCUGCCAUGUGGAGACCUUGGUAGAUUUCUCAAAAGCUUGUGAAAAGACUGUAAAAUAUUUGAUAUCUAGGCGACAUGUUGAGAUAGCAUCACGUGUAAAUAUACACGGUGAUUUAAUGCAUCGUUUCCGUUGAUGAAUAGCCAGAAUUCAUCGUUAAAUCGUAUUGGUUGAGUAUUAUAUACUUACGUUUUGCGCACGAGUCUGUUGUCCUGUAUGAGUUGACAAAUUUAGACAGUCGUAUUUUUUUUAAAUCUGCAUGUAUGUAUACGGUAAAUAUUUAGUCCUCUCCGCGGACUAAGUUAUUAAGGGCUAUUGAAACAGCCCUGUAAGACCCCAAGGGUCAGUGUAUGUUUGAAUUUGCACCAUAGACUUCAGUAUCCUGUCUGUGCAGAUGAAUUUGUAGACAUAUUAUGUGUCACUGUAAGUAUCUCUGUUGGGAUGUGUUUUAUUUUUGCUAUUGAUAGCAGAUGUUGUAUAUAUACUGUAUAAACACAAAUAAAACUACGAUGUCGUGGUUAGA